AUGGCUUCUUCUACCGCCAUGGCCAGCGGCCCCCGACCCGUCCACCGCCGCAACAUUGUCGCAGAGUCGUCCGAGUCCUCAGCCGCCGUCUCGCCCGCUGACUCGCCUCGCCCAUCCCCAUCGUCCACCUCGCUCUCUUCCCUCUCCGAGAUGGAGAUGGAGGCCAAGCCCACAUCCUACGGCAAGCUCAUCGACACCUACGGCAACGAGUUCACCCCGCCCGACUACACCAUCAAGGACAUUCGCGACGCCAUUCCCAAGCACUGCUUCGAGCGUUCCGCCCUCAAGGGCUACCUUUAUAUCCUCCGCGACAUGAUUUACCUCUCCACCACCUUUGCCGUCUUUUACAACUUUGUCACCCCCGAAUACAUUCCCAAUGUCUACGCCCGUGGUGCCCUUUGGGGAGUCUACACCAUUCUCCAAGGUCUCUUUGGCACCGGCCUCUGGGUCAUUGCCCACGAGUGCGGCCACGGUGCCUUUUCCGACUCGCGCCUCGUUAACGAUGUCACCGGCUGGGUCUUGCACUCGUCCCUGCUAGUCCCCUACUUCUCCUGGCAAAUCUCCCACAGCAAGCAUCACAAGGCUACCGGCAACUUGGAGCGCGACAUGGUCUUUGUCCCCCGCACCCGCGAGGAGCAGGCCACCCGACUCGGCAAGAUGGCCCAUGAGCUGUCCGAACUCGCCGAGGAUGCUCCCGCUUUUACUCUCGUCAUGCUCAUUGCCCAGCAGCUCAUUGGCUGGCCCAACUACCUCCUCACCAACGUCACCGGCCACAACUACCACGAGAAGCAGCGUGAGGGCCGCGGCAAGGGCAAGCACAACGGCGCUGGUGGCGGCGUCAGCCACUUUGACCCUCGCAGCCCUCUCUACGAGGCCAAGGACGCCAAGCUCAUUGUCCUUUCCGACAUUGGUCUGAUUCUAGCCGGCUCUGCUCUCUACUACCUCGGCAACAAGUUUGGCUGGUACAAUCUUGCCGUCUGGUACUUUAUCCCCUACCUCUGGGUCAACCACUGGCUCGUCGCCAUCACCUUUCUCCAGCACACCGACCCUACUCUCCCCCACUAUCACUCCGAAGAGUGGAACUUUGUCCGUGGUGCUGCUGCUACCAUUGAUCGCGAGUGUGGCUUCAUCGGCCGUCACCUUCUUCAUGGCAUCGUCGAGACGCACGUCCUCCACCACUACGUCUCGUCCAUUCCCUUUUACAACGCCGACGAGGCUUCGGACGCCAUCCGUCCUGUUAUGGGCAAGCACUACCGCUCCGACACCGAGGGCGGUUUCUUUGGCUUCCUCGCCGCCAUGUACAAGAGCGCCCGCAUGUGCCAGUGGGUUGAGCCCUCGGCUGAGGCCACUGGCCAGGGCAAGCAUAUUCUCUUUUUCCGCAACAGGAACGGUCUCGGCACCAAGCCUGCCAAGAUUCCUGCUCCCAACUAA